AAUAAACUGAAAUAGCUACAGUGAGAGUGUGCUGACUCAGCUUCUCGUUUCGUGUCUGGUUCCAAACUGUAUCAUCCUUAAUUUCUUCAAAACCCAUUAUUUUCCUUUCCUAGCAGCACAACACAACCAAACGAGGAUGUCGCAGCUUUCUAUUCAACGAGCAAAGAAGUUAAAGUUUUUGAUGCCUCAGAUCUCUGCUUUCGGAAGCUCCCAUUUCUCAACAUCGCCUCAACCAUCUUCUUCUGAUCACAAUAAGAGGGUUCCCAAUCUUAUUGGGGGAAGGUUUCUUGACUCUAAAUCAUCAAAUUUCAUAGAUGUUUUAAACCCUGCGACACAAGAAGUUGUUUCACAAGUUCCAUUGACUACUGAUGAAGAGUUUAAAGCUGCUGUAUCUGCAGCUAAGAAGGCAUUUCCAUCAUGGCGUAACACUCCGGUUACGACGCGCCAACGUGUUAUGUUGAAGCUCCAGGAGCUCAUUCGCAGAGAUAUGGAUAAACUUGCUCUUAAUAUAACCACCGAACAAGGAAAGACACUGAAGGAUGCACAAGGAGAUGUGUUUCGUGGUUUAGAGGUGGUGGAACAUGCUUGUGGAAUGGGAACUCUACAAAUGGGGGAGUAUGUUUCAAAUGUUUCACAUGGAGUUGACACAUACAGUGUCAGAGAACCAAUUGGUGUUUGUGCUGGGAUUUGUCCUUUCAACUUUCCUGCAAUGAUUCCAUUGUGGAUGUUUCCCGUGGCUGUUACCUGUGGCAAUACAUUUGUUCUAAAACCAUCAGAGAAAGACCCAGGUGCUUCUAUGAUGCUUGCAGAAUUGGCACUGGAAGCUGGUUUGCCUGAGGGUGUAUUAAAUGUUGUUCAUGGAACCCAUGAUGUUGUGAAUGCCAUUUGUGACGAUGACGAUAUCAAAGCCAUAUCAUUUGUUGGUUCCAAUGUUGCUGGAAUGCACAUAUAUUCAAGAGCAGCAGCUAAAGGGAAGCGUGUUCAGUCUAAUAUGGGGGCCAAAAAUCAUGCAAUCGUCAUGCCAGACGCAAAUGUUGAUGCUACUGUAAAUGCUUUAGUUGCUGCUGGUUUUGGAGCUGCUGGGCAAAGGUGCAUGGCUCUCAGCACAGUUGUUUUCGUGGGAGGUUCACAAGCAUGGGCAACUAAAAUCAUAGAGCGUGCCAAAGCUCUUAAAGUAAACGCUGGAACGGAACCUGAUGCAGAUCUUGGUCCAGUUAUCAGCAAACAGGCAAAGGAGCGAGUGCACAGAUUAGUUCAAUCCGGGGUCGAAAGUGGUGCCAGACUACUGCUUGAUGGAAGAAAUAUAGUGGUCCCAGGAUAUGAAUCUGGCAAUUUUGUUGGCCCCACUAUCUUAUCAAAUAUCACUGCCGACAUGGAGUGCUACAAGGAGGAAAUUUUUGGCCCAGUUCUUCUUUUCAUGGAGGCUGAUAGCUUGGAAGAUGCCAUAAGCAUUAUCAACAAAAACAAGUAUGGAAACGGCGCUUCUAUAUUUACUACUUCUGGUGUUGCUGCCAGGAAAUUUCAGACUGAGAUUGAGGCUGGGCAGGUUGGCAUCAAUGUUCCUAUUCCAGUUCCUUUGCCAUUUUUCUCAUUUACAGGCAACAAGGCGUCAUUUGCUGGUGAUCUCAAUUUCUACGGCAAAGCAGGGGUUAACUUUUAUACACAGAUCAAAACAAUAACUCAGCAGUGGAAGGAUUCAGUUGGUGGUAGCAAGAUUAACAUGGCAAUGCCAACCUCUCAAAAAUCUUGAUCACCAGAAAGUCAUGUGUAUAAUUUUUUCUAUUUUGGAAACUUUGUACACUUUAAUAAAAUGUCAUAGGCCCUUCUCGUUGUACAUUUUCCAUUUUUUCCCUGCUUUUAAUCCCCAAUUCCUUCUCCUA